AUUAAUGAAGAAAGAUUUGAAAAAGAAAGUGUUAUGCAUAGAAUUAUGUCUGGAAAUUUCACAGAUCCAUUUCAAAAUAUUGAAGAAGAUUACAAGGACAUCAAAAUGGAUUUAAUGAAGGCUAAUGACUUCAAUUUAAAUGAAGAAGACAAAGAUGAUGAUAAAAUAAAUACAGUGGACAAAGAAUGUCAAUCUAAACAAACAAAAAAGAAGUGUUAUGUACCUGGUAUUGUUAAACCAAUAUUUAAGUUUCCUAAUCAGUCUAAAUUAACCAGAGAACAGCAAGCAAUGUGUUUAAGAGUCUUGUUAAGAUUUUCAGAAUCUGAUAAACCAAAAUUAACACAAAAAGAAAAAGAAGAAUUAAAAAAUUAUAUGGAUUUACAACAAAUUAUAUCUCAGGAACAAGACAAAUUUUUGGAAUUUGCAAAAAGCAAGUGGCAUGAAAGAUCACUUAAAAUUACAUGUGAAGAUUACAUAAAUAUAUGUUGGCAAUCAAAAUUACAAUAUAUUCAUAAGUUACCUAGAUAUUGUGCUGAAGUAACAAAUGUUCCAUUUAUAGCAGAUAAAAAUAUUGAAAUAAAAUUUAUUUCUGUCUGUUUACAAAUGGGUGAAUUACCUGAAAUAGUAUUGCCAACUCUUACCAGACCAUAUAUGCUACAUGUAAAUUCAGAACAGUUACAAAAAAGAUUUCCUCCUAAAAGAAAUAUUCUCAAUGAGUCAUCAAUUUCUUAUAAACUAUCUGUAAGUGAAGAUCCAAAUUGUCAAAAAUUGGCUGAAAGUAAUAAUGUGGAUUUAGUAAUUUCAUCAAGUGGUCUUAAUUGUUUAGUAAAUAACAUUGAACCAAGUUAUUCAAAUUCGUGGAUUUUACCCUUAGUUAUAAAAAGGCAUAAUGGUAAAAAUGUUAUCUAUAUAGAUAAACCAGCACCACCAACAGAAAGUACUAUACAAGAAAAGAACUCCUGGGUAUAUAAAUACAUACUUAAAUAUUUCCUUCUUGGUGCCAAACACCUAAAUUCAACAAGUAUUGAAGGAAAUCAGGAUAAUAUAUUUGAUGAUGUUAAUUCUGAAGUACUAUUAAAAUUAGAAGAAGAAUAUGAAAAUAGUUUGACAGAAACUAAAAAUGAAUCAAAUAUGUUAGAAAAAGGUAGACAUAUUAAAGAAACUUCAAAAGAGUUUUCCAAUACUACUAGUGAUCAAGGUGCAGUAAAUAAGAAUUCUGAAAUGGCAGAAAAUAAUGUAUCAUACAAAUUAUUCACUAUUGGUCCACAGUUUUCAGAACAGAAUGAAUUGAUGAAAAAUGUAAUUAAGGAAUACAAAUUAUUAAUUCGAACAAAAACAGAUGGAUUUGAGAUUUUACAAAACAAAGUACAGAGAUUGUUAUUCUUAGCACCGAAAUUAGAAUAUCAAGUCGAUCUCGGUGCUGAAGUAGUAACAUUAGAAGAAUCAUUGAAACAAUGGAUAUCGUUAAUAUGCAGGCCACACACGUUUCUUGCACGAAUUCGAAUAUCUGCAGAAACGUCAGAAAUAUUACAAAUAGAACAUCGUACAGCAAUUUCUAUAAACAACGAAAUUAAAAGGCUUUAUAACAUGAAAGUUGAAGAUUCUUUGACAAUUUUGCAUAAUGUUGUUCAGUCUCUUGGAAAUUUAUCUCCAGGACGUUAUAUUAUGAGACAUACAGUAAGAAAUGGGGCAUUUGCUACAAUUUAUAAAGAAGUAGAGAGUCCAGGAAAGAACAUCUUUGACAUGUCUACAAUCUAUGGUAAACAAUUUCAUAGUUUACUUAAUCCUUCUUGGAUUCCAUUAGACAAAACAAUACCAAGCCCAAUGUUUAAACGUCUUGAAAGAAUGCCAGCUAUGUUUUACCCAUCAAAUAAUAAAAAAUUUUCCAAAAAUAAGAGGUGCUUAACAGGAAACAAAUCUAACAUGGGGACGGUACGUAGAAGUUUAAGAAAUAAAAAGAAAACGUGA